CUCUGAGGUGUGCAGGCCAGGGAAGCUGGCUUCACUUCCGGGCCGCAGCCUGGGGCGGCUGCGCCUGUUGCCAUAGCUACCAUUUUACGUUAACUGGUUUGUAGUUCUCAUCCAGGUGGUCCCAGCAACCCUUUCCCCGACUCCCUCUAGGCUUCCUGAAGCCGGAAGGCCUUAGCCAGCUCCCGGAAUUUGGCCUAGGGAUCUGCGUCGCCCCGUGGGGGCGGGAUGGCUACGGAAGAAGAGGACGAGGUGGAAUGGGUGGUGGAGAGCAUCGCGGGGUUCCUGCGAGGCCCCGACUGGUCCAUCCCCAUCUUGGACUUUGUGGAGCAGAAAUGUGAAGUUUUUGAUGAUGAGGAAGAAAGCAAAUUGACUUAUACAGAGAUUCAUCAGGAGUACAAAGAGCUUGUUGAAAAGCUGUUAGAAAGUUACCUCAAAGAAAUUGGAAUUAAUGAAGAUCAAUUUCAAGAAGCAUGUACUUCUCCUCUUGCCAAGACUCGAACAUCACAGGCCAUUUUGCAACCUGUGUUGGCAGCAGAAGAUUUUACUAUCUUUAAAGCAAUGAUGGUCCAGAAAAACAUUGAAAUGCAGUUGCAAGCCAUUCGAAUAAUUCAAGAGAGAAAUGGUAUGUUACCUGACUGCUUGACUGAUGGUUCUGAUGUGGUCAGUGACCUUGAACAGGAAGAGAUGAAAAUCCUGAGGGAAGUUCUUAGAAAAUCAAAAGAGGAAUAUGACCAGGAGGAAGAAAGGAAGAGAAAAAAAAAGUUAUUAGAGGCUAAAACAGAAGAGCCCCCAGUAUAUACUAGUGAAGCUGCAAAAAUGAGCAAUUCCCAAGGGGAUGGUGAACAUUUUGAACACCCACCCUCAGUGCAACCUUUGGCAAGAAAAGUGGAAAUGAUGCCUGAAACUUCCUCCCUCCCACAAAAAAGCCUGAAGAUUCCUGGCUUAGAACAUGCAAACAUUGAAGGACCAAUAGCAAACUUGUCAGCUCUUGGAACAGAAGAGCUGCGGCAACGAGAGCACUAUCUCAAGCAGAAGAGAGACAAGUUGAUGUCCAUGAGAAAGGAUAUAAGGACUAAGCAGGUCCAAAAUACGGAGCAAAAAGGAAAGCCUGCGGGGGAGGUAGAGGAAAUGACAGAGAAACCAGAAAUGACAGCAGAGGAGAAACAAACACUACUAAAGAGGCGAUUGCUUGCAGAGAAACUUAAAGAAGAAGUUAUUAAUAAUCACACAAAUUGGGAGAGAAGAAAGAAGAACUACAGCAUAAAAAGGCAUCAGUGAUAUUCACAAAGAUGACCAUAACAUCAAUUGUCUGUUCAAGAACGGAAGUUGGUUAAAUGAUCCAGUUGUGCCUGCUCUAAGAAGCUCAAAUAUCUGAGAAUAAAAUACAAACAGGUUACAUAAGGUAUAAGUGUAUGUUAACUGGAACACCACCAAACAAAUGUGGGGAGAAGUGCUAGACUUACAAAUCACCUCUUUUUGUGGCAGGAUAAAAAAUAUUUCAUUUGGGAUUGAAAAAACAAAACAAAACAAAAAAACCCAAAACCGAAAAACUGGCAAAGGUGUGACCAAUCAGGCAUCCAUAAACUACUGUGAAAUGACAUGCAUGCAAAGCUACAGUUACAAUGCAACUUUUAAUGAUAAUUCUAAAGCAACAUAUUUAAAUACUGGAAAUUCAUUCCAUUAGAAUAUAACCAUGUUAAUGGGAGUACUGCACAAUCAUCAAAAAGUACUAUUUAUCAAAAAACAGAUGGGAAAAUCUACUAUGAAUACAUUAAUGCUUCUAAAAUUAAAAUUCAAAUAGAGUA